AUGGUCCGUCUGCGCUUCCUCAAGGUCUUUGACGGCGCUACCAGACCUGCAGACGAAGAAACCAUCGCCUCUCUUCCCGAGUCUCUUUCUCGCUCCACCAGCUUUGAGGAGUUCAUUCAUCCUUUUGCUGUCAAGGAGCUGCAGUGGGAGCAGAAGGCGCUGAAAGAAGAGCUGUACGACAGCAUUUUCAAAGCCUUCUCGGAGAACGGCAACCUCCCACCCGACCAGUCUCCCCCCGCGCCAGCCGCUACCACAGAUGACUAUGAGAAGCGCACUGCCCCUGAGCAAGAAGAUCUCUUUCCCAGCCAGUCCGGUGUAACUGUCGAAAACGACCCUCAAGCCCCUGAGGACAUCUCCGGCGUCCCAACGGAGGAGCCGAGCCCUGUUAAGGGUGGCCUGGCUACCAUCAAAGCCAGCUUCCUCAGUGCUUCUUCCAAGUUUCAUUGCAACCUGCUUCACAAGAAGAGUUCCAGUUUCUUUGCUUCUGUCAAGACAGCCUUCCGUCGUUCCAAAACGAGCCAAUCCUUGACAGCAAACCCAGCCUUGACAGUUGCUAGCCCAGUAAAAGAAUCCAUCGAAGGGCAGCAGCCUGAAACCACGUCCAACAACAGCCUGGAAGUCUCGUCUACUGGUGCUGUCUGUGGAACAGACGAGCCUGCUGACGAUGCAACGAGCGCACUUCCUGAACAGCACCCUAGAAAAGCAAGCGACCAAACUAUCUUGUCCGAAGGAUCUAAGACCAGUAGCGCUACCGUCUACCGUAGACCUUCUAGACAUAUCAGUUUCGGGGUUGACGACAGCGAAACCGACCCUUCAACUCAAUACGUUCCCGGCAUAACCUAUGCGACACUUGAUUCUCCAAAAUUUGCGCCUCUUUUUGCUUACUCUCACCCAAGACCUAGCCAUAGUCCGGCGCACAGUCUUGGGGGAGAAACCUGUGUUUUCGAAAGCUGUGAAUAUGUACCCCCUGCUAUAUCCUUCUUGCCUGAAUAUGCUCUUCCACAGCGGCUCUUUUCCGAUACGGAAUUACCGAGUCGCCAAGAGAAUGCUCUCGACGCUUUCAAUGUCCUUGCCAGGCUCUACGGCAUGUAUACGCUUAUUCGACCUGAGAACGACCCAAUAAAUUACCAAUGUUUCAUUCGCCAUAAGCCCUCAAAAAUGGAAACGUUUCUUCGCAAGAUGCGGAGUGUACGUUCAUAUAUUCGCUUUGCACCUCCUUCUACUCAAAAGGGUCCGACUCUGCGACGUGUGAGAACAUUCUCAAAUUUGUCCGCCAAAUACCACACCAUGAACGCUAUCAAAGGCAAACCCCUUGAGAAACUUGGCCGAUUAUGGGGCUAUGGCGCUCUUACUUUGCCUGGAGACUUUGCCCCGGCAGUGAUGAGACUCCCAGCUUUUCUAGUCUCACUGAUUGAUUACUUGAAAACUCAUGGACCUAACGCGCGAAACAUCUUUUCCGAGGAAGGCGACCUUUCUCUCGCUUCUGAUAUAUACAACCACUUUGCCGAUCAGAUUGUAUCGGUGGAAAAAGAAAUUGAUAUGGAUAACCUUACAGGAAGAAGAAGCGAUUUUCUUCCAAAGGUGCUUGAAUCAUAUCAAUUCGAAGAAGACUCUAUACGCGGACGCUUCCACGUCCUUCCUGUUGCAUGGACGUUUAAAAAUAUUCUGGCAGGGCUUCCAGGUGGUAUUCUGGGAGCGCCUCGUCUUUACCAUACGCUUGUUGAUAUUAUACAUCGCCAAUUCCCCGACGAACCCGUUGUACCCCAGUUCGGCUACAAUGGAGCUUUGCCGGCAGUGUCUCCGACUAGAGCUCGAGUCAUUUCAUUGGCGAUUCUGGCUCUAACGAACGAUAUGCAGUUUGAUUUCCUCUGUGCCGUUUUUGGUUUAUGUUCUUUGCUCGAUUAUGAAACCCACCAGUUGCUCGAUUUUUACCGCACCAAACAUUGUCCACCCAUCAGUCGGGCUGGAUUGUUGACGCGCGACCGAAUUGUUGAUGUUUUUGCCCCUCUACUCUGUGAGGAGACCAAAGACGUCGGGCCAGAAGACCGUGGCUGUGAGGCGUACAUUGUUAUGGAGAUGAUGUUGGACUACUGGCGCACAGUCAGCCGUCAAUUGCAUGCUUUUGAUAUGUGA